CAGCAAGAAUAUUUAGUCAUAGACAGAAUAGAUAUGUAACACUAUAAAUAUCUGCAGCACACUUCACCAAAGAGUACAGCUUUCCGAGACUGAAAUUACAUAUCAGAAGAGAUCAUCGCAAAAAGGUCUUUAACAUUUCUCAGAAAUAAUGGGAAUUCACUUGCCUCACAUGUUUGCCAAUCUGAAGCAAGCAAGUAAAGUGCACUCGCGGUGUAAAAAUCUGUCUUAUAGCGUUCCAAAAGGUUAUGUGGCCGUUUAUGUGGGCGAAACUCAAAAGAAACGCUAUGUAGUACCUGUAACUGUCCUGAAUCAUGCUUCUUUCCAAGAACUGCUGGUUCGUGCAGAGGAAGAGUUUGGCUUUGAUCAUCCUAUGGGAGGUUUAACUAUUCCUUGUAAAGAAGAUGUCUUUGUUGAUCUCACUUCUAGGAUAAUCAUUGUUUGAUCAAAGAGAUAGAUGACAGAUUCUUUAUUAAAUUUUGACAGGGCCGGAAUGUAAAAAAUGUCUAGUGAUUCUCCACUACCCCUAAUAUAUCUGUGGUGAAGUGAGUACAUAUAUGAAACUUUUUCUUUUUGUUAA